GCAAAAGAUGAAUGAAAAUUAGUGUUAAGCUAGGGAACGGUAGUAGGAAAGGCAAAGAAAAAACUUGAGUAAGAUUGGACGAUGGAUUUGUUACCGGCUGAAUCAUCGCAUGUGCUGCCAAAGAAGCACCGGUUCCGUUCCCUGAAACUGGUGAAUGUGAACAUGGAGGAGGCCUUGUCGGAGACGCCGUGCGGAGUCGACUACGGCCGCCUGGACAAUGGUCUCACUUACUAUGUUCGAUCCAAUUCAAAGCCGAAGAUGAGAGCUGCUCUGGCACUGGCCGUCAGAGCUGGGUAUAUUCUCAUCUGCCUUUCUUAUNUUUACUCAAGAAUUUUAAAUUUACACCUUCAACACAAAGGCAAAUCAAGCAGGCCUAGAAGCAAAUCAAGCAUCUCAAAGGCAAAAGAUGAAUGAAAAUUAGUGUUAAGCUAGGGAACGGAAGUAGUAGGAAAGGCAAAGAAAAAACUUGAGUAAGAUUGGACGAUGGAUUUGUUACCGGCUGAAUCAUCGCAUGUGCUGCCAAAGAAGCACCGGUUCCGUUCCCUGAAACUGGUGAAUGUGAACAUGGAGGAGGCCUUGUCGGAGACGCCGUGCGGAGUCGACUACGGCCGCCUGGACAAUGGUCUCACUUACUAUGUUCGAUCCAAUUCAAAGCCGAAGAUGAGAGCUGCUCUGGCACUGGCCGUCAGAGCUGGAUCAGUUUUAGAAGACGAGGAAGAGCGUGGUGUUGCUCAUAUAGUAGAACAUCUUGCUUUUAGUGCCACUGAGAAAUACACAAACCAUGAUAUUAUUAGGUUUCUUGAAAGUAUCGGGGCUGAAUUUGGUGCUUGCCAGAAUGCAGUCACAUCUGCUGAUGAAACUAUUUAUGAGCUCUUUGUUCCAAUUGACAAACCAGAGUUAUUAUCUCAAGCAAUUUCUGUAUUAGGAGAGUUCAGCUCGGAGGUCCGAGCAUCGGAGUAUGACUUGGAAAAGGAAAGAGGGGCUGUAAUGGAGGAAUAUAGAGGAAAUAGGAAUGCCUAUGGACGGAUGCAGGAUGCACAAUGGGUUCUGAUGAUGGAAGGUUCAAAGUAUGCUGAGAGGCUACCCAUUGGAGUAGAAAAGGUGAUCAAGACAGUUUCUCCUCAGAUUGUGAAACAUUUCUAUAAAAAGUGGUACCAACUGCAGAAUAUGGCUGUUAUAGCUGUAGGAGAUUUUCCUGACACACAGUUGCGGGAGGAAUUGUCCUGGUGGAUAGUGGAGCAGUUUGAACAUCAGAAAGUUGGGGCUUUUGAGUUAAUUUUAUCAAAUGGCAUGCGAGUGUGCUAUAAGUGCACUGACUUUCUUGAUGAUCAGGUUUUAUUCACAGGGUUUUCGUAUGGUGGUUUAUCUGAAGUUCCAGAAAGUGAAUACUUCUCAUGUUCAAUGAGCUCAACCAUUGCUGGUGAAAUUGGUGUUUUUGGUUAUCGGCCUUCAGUUCUUAUGGAAAUGCUUGCUGGAAAACGAGUUGAAGUUGACACAAAACUUGGGGCAUAUAUGAGAACAGUUUAUGGUGAUUGUUCACCUUCAGAUUUAGAAACUGCAUUACAGCUGGUCUAUCAACUCUUCACCACAAAAGUAGAACCAGGACAAGAGGAUGUCAAGAUAGUGAUGCAAAUGGCAGAAGAAACUAUAUGUGCUCAGGAGAGAGAUCCCUACACUGCCUUUGCAGACCGUGUGCGGGAGCUUAAUUAUGGGAACUCCUAUUUCUUCAGGCCAAUUAGAAUUAGAGAUCUUCAAAAAGUCAAUCCAUAUAAAGCAUGUGAAUAUUUCAGCAAUUGCUUCAAGGAUCCUUCAACAUUUACAAUGGUGAUUGUUGGGAAUAUUGACCCUGCCACUGCACGUCCAUUAAUAUUACAGUAUUUGGGCGGAAUUCCAAGGCCACCUGAGCCCAUAUUACAUUUCAACCGUGAUGCUCUUAAAGGCUUGCCAUUCAGAUUUCCUUCAACUGUAAUUAGAGAAGUUGUUCGUAGCCCUAUGUUGGAAGCACAGUGUUCAGUCCAACUAUGCUUUCCUGUUGAGCUAACAAGUGAAAACAUGAUGGAAGAUGUUCAUUUUGUUGGUUUUCUUAGCAAGUUUCUUGAAACUAAGAUAGUACAAGUUCUCCGCUUUAAGUAUGGGCAGAUAUACUCUGCUGGAGUUUCUGUGUUUCUUGGUGGCAAUAGACCAUCUAAAGUUGGCAAUAUUCGUGGUGAUAUUAGCAUCAACUUUUCUUGUGAUCCUGAUAUCUCCUCAACAUUGGUUGACAUUGCAUUGGAUGAAAUAUUGCGUCUCCAAGAAGAUGGACCCUCCAAUGAAGAUGUUUCCACCGUGCUAGAAAUUGAGCAGAGGGCACAUGAAAAUGGAUUACAGGAGAAUAGUUAUUGGCUGGAGAGGAUGCUGCGCAGCUACCAAUCACGGAUCUAUUCUGGUGAUGUUGGUAGUUGUUUUGAGGUGCAGGACAAGGCCCGUUCUAAAGUUAGAGAAACAUUGACUCCGUUGACAGCCCAAUUGGCAUUGCAAAGACUACUUCCAUUUCCGUGCAAGAAACAGUACACUGUAGUAAUUUUGAUGCCACAAACUUCUCAUAUGAAAAGAUUAAAGUCAUUCAUAUGUUCUGCUCCAACACGAUAUUGUACAGAAGCAAAGGUUUUGAUGGGGACAGCUGGUGUGGCAGUUUUUCUUCUCGCUUUGUGGAGAUAUUCACGGAAUAGCCUGAAAUCCUAAGUUAGACCACGCAUAUGAGGACCAUGACAUUGGCUCUUCAAUAUUUCAAACGUAACCAUUUCCGGCCUCACACCCUUCUCUGAGUUUUAUUUCACUACUAUAUGUAUUCGACCGCACACUCUUUCGCCUUUUGAAAUUGCAGCCACUUUCUUCUCUUUUAUGACCACUUUAGCAAAGAAAAUUUCAAGUCGUUUUACUUUUAAAACACCCCUCCAUCAACCCAUAAAAUAAUCUAGAAGUUCUUGUUCAAAACUAUCUCCAUUUCGGUGAGAACCGAAAAUAGACCUUUAUGUUUUUA